CAUCACGGACACGGACUACGGACCAAGUUCAGCUCAGCUCAGCGUCAGCGUCAAGGGUGGGUUGUGGCAUUUGCGUCCGUCUCGGAGAGAAUCGGUCUGUUUAGCGCGGAUUAACCGGAAUGGCAAUUGGAAUUCCUAUUUGGAUGCGUAGCGAUAUCUCGAAUCAGUUGUUCUUAGUACAGCAAAUCGUGUACACGGUGUGAAAAAUUUCUGUUUUUUGUGUGGACACCUUUAAGAAGGAACGUUCAACGAACUCACUUCUUCGUCAUCGUCAUCGUCGUCGGUUUGGUUUUUUGUUUUUGGUCUGUGGUUUUUUUUCUGUGGUGGAUGAUUUGGGAUUUUGUUCUUCUUUGAAAUUUAAUCUUUGUGCAGUAGAAGUGUUUCUUCGCAAAUAUUUUAUCCGCCCUUUGUUAAUUUUUUUUAAAUACCUACCUACCUUUUUCCGUAGGGUAUGUAUACAAUUAAGUGAAAGGAUACCUAUAAAUACACUAAUAGUGAACUGAUAAGUGCAAUAUCUAUCUAAAUACCUAGUUGACAAAACAAAUGUCCUUAAAAAUUAAAAUGAUAUAAUAAAAAAAAAAGACCAACCCGUAAAAGUUCAAAGAGGUUUUAAUUAAUUUCUCGUUUACUAUCAAUAUCUACAUUUAAUAAUUUUCCGUCGGCAAAGUAUCAGAAAAUAUAAAAUAAAAAUGCAGGCGACAAAAAUGCGAACCCCAUUUGCAAUUCAAGAAAUUCUUGGACUUGGUGUCGGAAGACAAUCCAGCAAUGUAUCACCACCGAUAAACGUAACAUCAUCAGGACUUUCGCCCACUGGUUCAGUUAGAGAAACUGGCUCAAUGUCACCGGAUGCAGUUAAGAUGGCAGCAGCCGCCGCUGCUUCCGCCGCUAAUCACUGUCAAUUGCCUGUUUUUAAUCCUGCGAAUUUUUACGCUGCUGCUGGCUAUGAUCAUAAUACGUUGAAUGCGGCACAUCAUCAUCAUAUGACAACUCUUGCCGCAGCCGCGUACUUACGAGGAUUUUUACCGCCGGGUUUUAGUACACCGCACGAAUUUAGAGGACAUUUUCAGCAGCAUUUCGGCAGUCAAUUUGAACAAUCCCGUAACGAUUAUCACAAUAGUUUAAAUAGCAACGAUGAACACUGCAAUAAUGGCACUUCAUCUAAUACAACGAAUAAUUCUUUGAGACUUCACCCUGGUGGAGGCGUCUCGCCCGUCGACCAUUCUCCGGCAGCUGCGGCGGCUGCCCUAGUUGGAGCACACCAUGCUGCCGCUGUGGCUGCGGCCGGACAUCACCACCAUCAUCAUCUUCAUCACCCGCAUCAUCACCAUGACAGCGGCUAUGUCAAUAAUGGUAGUAAUGGCGUUUCUGGGCCAGGAGCUAUGGUUGGUGGUAGCAGUGGCAAAAAAAAGAAUAAAAGACGACAUGGUAGAACAAUAUUCACCAGCAAUCAAUUAGAAGAGCUUGAAAAGGCAUUCAAAGAAGCACAUUAUCCAGAUGUGAGCGCUAGAGAGUUACUGUCAAUGAAGACAGGCCUAGCUGAAGAUAGAAUUCAGGUCUGGUUUCAGAAUCGUAGAGCAAAAUGGCGUAAAACUGAGAAAUGUUGGGGACACAGUACAAAAAUGGCCGAAUAUGGUCUCUAUGGUGCAAUGGUACGCCACUCUCUCCCAUUACCUGACACAAUAUUAAAGUCGGCUAAAGAUGACGAAUCAGUAGCUCCAUGGCUUCUAGGUAUGCAUAAAAAGUCUCUGGAAGCUGCUGACAUUCUUAAAAGCGAUGAAAGCGAUCGUGAGACACCUACUUCUGAUGACACCAACACCUCAUAUUCCGCCGGAAGUACGCAUAACUCCCCGAUUUCAUCAUUUUCAAUAUCACGAUUACUUUUUGACGGCCCCAGAAAACCUGCUGAACCACAACAAAUGCAUCACCAACAUAUGCAGUUGCAGUUACAGCUGCAACAUCAACAUCAGCAUCAACAUCAGCACCAACAUCAACAUCAGCAUCAGCACCAACAUCAACCACAAAGCGAUGAGCACCACCAAGCCAACGUGCAGCAGCGACAUGAAACGCAGCCGCAUGAAGGACAGUUGCAUGAAUCACAGCAACAUGAAUCUCAACAACCACAUCAGCAACAUAACGAAGAGCGCCAGUUGUCUGCGUCUCAUCCCCAGCAGCAAAUACUUGUCAAACAAGAACAGAAUAUAACUAUUAGGGAGCAGGACUCCAGAUGAAGGCCGACUAAUUUUUAAAAAGCCAAUAAAGCCGGGUAUUGCAUUGACCAGGAUACACGCAUGUUAGAUAUUAAGUCAUUUGAAUAGCUGAAAAUCUCUUAUUGGCCAGCUGUCAAUCGCAUAACUCAAAGUUCUCUUUAUUUGUUUGAUUUCGUGCUGACCAAUCAGAUGGUCGACUUGAUUUCGAGAUUGACUACUAAAUGGAUUCGCGUUAAACCUGGUCACUUUAAAAUGAGAUUAAUAGGUAUUUAGUUGUUUUAAGUAAUUUUGUUAGGAAAUACAGACUCGCAUAAAAAAUUAAAAUUGAUAAUUUAAAAAAAAAAAACUGUACAGAGAGGAUUUUGUUCAUGGUAUUGUUUAAAUUUUAAAUUAAAAAUAACACAUCGAAUGAUAUAGAACCUUUAAAAGACUUCAAGACCAAGUAAAAAUUAUCAGCACAUAAACAGUGAAAAGCGCAACGAUUUUUUUCUCAUUCUCUUUUACAGGAGAAGGGUUACAUAUAAUUAAAAUUAAAAUAAAUACAUAGUUAAUAAAGUUUUAUUUGAGGUCUUGAAAUCCACUUAUUACCACGUUUAAAUUGGUAUUAAGUUGGUUAGGAUCCUAGCUUAAAGUUACCGGUUAUUCUUAGUUUCCUUCAAAACUAUAACAUUCUGAAAACAAAAAUAAUUUAAGUUUUUAACUUUCAAUUUGAGUUUAAGGUAGUAUUCAUCGACACAAUAAAAAUAAUUUAAAUAAAAUCUUCUUCAUUUGAAUAAAUUUGCAAUUUACAUUCAGCUAUAUGCGCAGUUAUAAUUUUUCAUUUUUUAUUUAAGAAAUACCAUUUCCUGAUUCCUAACCUGACCAUUUUUCCCUGAUCGUUUGUAUUUCACGUCCCAAUUUUUCAGCCUUUACCUUACUCAAAACAAUUUAAAAAAAAAGACUCUCAAUCUUUUCAAAUAAGUAAGUGAAAGUCAAAAAGAGAAAAUAAAAGUAAUUUGAAAACUAAACUUUAUUAAAAAAAAAAAUUAUAAUCUCACAAUGUAAAUAAAAUUCUAUAAAUUAAAUUACAAAUGAAAACAUUUAUUAGGAUUACAUUCAAAGGAAUAUUGCAAAUAUGUAUAGUUUCUAUUUUAUUUGUUUUUAAGUUGAGUUGUUAACGCAGCGUUUUGUAAAAUCGAAAAUUAAUAAUAAUUUUGUAUUAAUUA